AUGGCAUUCUGUAUAAAAGAAUGUAUUCACUCUCAGGCAGAGAUGAUUCUCUCAAGUAGCUAUUACAAAAUACAAUAUCUGACUGUCACAACUUUGGCAUCCAGCACUUCAAAAAAACAACUUGGCAACAGAGAGAGUCUCACUUUGUUAGAUUUACAGGAGAAAAACAUGGAAAAAGUACUACACAAACUUUCAGAGAUCAGAGAUCAAAUCAAAACACUUCAGAAACAGAACACAAUGCUUGAGGAGAAAAGUAUAAUGCUUGAGGAGCAAAAUAUGGCACUUGAAAAGAAAACAGCAGCUCUUCAGAAUAAACAAUAUCAUGAGACAAUCCAAUAUGCCAAAGAGCAGAAGUUGCCAUAUGUCACUGAGUAUAAGAAGCUUAAAAAGCAUGCUGCUAAGAUUAUUAAUGCAGCAUUGAACAUCAAGAAAGACCAGCUACAAGCACAUUUUGGAAAAGGAGAGGAUUUGCAAGUGACUUUUAAUGAGAUGUGUAAGUAA